CUUCUAUUUUUUAUUAUCCACUAGAAAAACAAAAACACUACUUAAGCAAUUUUCUCCUCUAGAUCACACUGACCCCAAUCUUUCGUGUAUCAAAAGAUUUCGACCCAAAUCUCCAACACCAAACUUGGCCGCCACACGGACAUCAGUUAGGGUUCAUGGCUGAUCGGAGUUUGGCAGUUGUGAAGCCGGUAUGGAUGAAACAAGCGGAGGAAGCUAAGAUCAAAAGCGAAGCUGAGAAAGACGCGGCGGCCAAAGCUGCUUUUGAAGCAACUUUUAAGGGUUUGGAGAAAGGUCGUGAAAAGAGGGCCGCUGCUAAUUCAGAUAGUGAUUCGGAUGAGUAUGAGGACCUGGCUCAUAAGCCGAUUGGGCCUGUGGAUCCUUCGAAGUGCACUGCUGCUGGUACUGGAAUUGCUGGAGGGACGGCCUGUGCUGCUUCUUCAUUUGGUGUCGUGACCAAGGAUUCUGAUGAGAGGAAGGUUUCGAUGGGUGGUGCUCAGAUCAAGGUGAAAGUGACACCAGGUUUGGGUGUUGGAGGGUCUGAUCAAGAAGGGAUUGUGAAGGAUAUGGGGGAUGGAACUUAUACUGUUACUUAUGUGGUGCCUAAGAGAGGGAAUUAUAUGGUUAAUGUUGAAUGUAAUGGCAAGCCAAUCAUGGGUAGUCCCUUCCCUGUGUUUUUCAGUGCAGGUAAUAGUAAUGGAGGACUGCUGGGUUUAGCUCCUCCAUCUUCAUUUCCAAAUCUGGUUAAUCAAACUAUGCCCAACAUGCCGAAUUACUCUGGCUCUGUCUCAGGGGCAUUCCCAGGAUUGUUGGGAAUGAUUCCAGGAAUUGUUGCCGGAGCUUCUGGGGGUGCUAUUCUGCCAGGAAUUGGGGCCUCACUCGGUGAAGUUUGUCGUGAUUACCUGAAUGGGCGCUGUGCAAAAGUUGAUUGUAAGUUGAAUCACCCACCUCACAACUUGCUAAUGACUGCCUUAGCUGCGACUACUUCAAUGGGAACACUCAGCCAGGCUCCUAUGGCACCUUCUGCUGCUGCAAUGGCCGCCGCUCAGGCAAUAGUUGCUGCUCAAGCCCUUCAAGCUCAUGCAGCUCAGGUGCAAGCUCAAUCAGCAAAAGAUUCUGCUGGUUCACCUGAUAAAGCUAAUAAGGAGGAUGUGUUGAAGAAAACUCUUCAAGUUAGCAAUCUUAGCCCACUUCUCACUGUGGAGCAGCUUAAACAACUCUUUGGUUUCUGUGGCACUGUUCUUGAAUGUACAAUCACUGAUUCCAAGCAUUUUGCUUAUAUAGAAUACUCAAAACCCGAAGAGGCAGCUGCUGCUAUGGCAUUAAACAACAUUGAUGUUGGGGGGCGUCCUUUGAAUGUUGAAAUGGCAAAAUCACUUCCGCCAAAACAAACUACGAACUCUUCACUGGCUUCAUCCUCUCUUCCUUUGAUGAUGCAGCAAGCUGUUGCCAUGCAACAAAUGCAGUUCCAGCAAGCACUGAUUAUGCAACAAACUAUGACUGCACAACAGGCUGCUAACCGAGCUGCAACCAUGAAAUCUGCCACAGAUUUAGCUGCAGCACGGGCUGCAGAAAUAAGUAAGAAAUUGAAUCCUGAUGGACUUGAACGUGAAGAAAAAGAGACGAAACAGAAAUCCAGAUCACCUUCUCCCCCUCCUGUAAGAUCACGAUCAAAGUCAAGAUCACCUAUCAAUUACAGGAGAAGGAGGAAGUCUCGUUCCUACUCACCUCCCCGCAAUUCUAAGGUUAAUCGGUCCAGGUCACCAUUGAGGUUCCAUCAUCAUUCAAGGUAUGAAAGGGACUGGAGGUCCUAUAGAGGCAGCAGGGAACAUAGUGAUAGGUACAGACGACGAGAUUCAGAUAGAUUUCUUGAUAAUCAUUCAUCUGGUUCGAGAAGAAACAGAAGUAGGAGUGUGAGCCCUCAUUCAAAGAGAUCCCCUGUUUCUCCAAAACGUCAAGGAGGAAGUUCAUCUCAUAGAGGAAGAAAACAGUCUCGUGCCGAUUCUGGUUCUCCAAGUAAUCGCAGAGGAAGUAGGUCUUCUCCGAAGGUCGUUGAAAAGGCAAUAAGAAACAGAAGGCGCUCAAGGUCAAGAUCUUCAGAUGAUAAGCUGAACUUAGACAAAAAUGAAGAAGUCUUGCAUGAAAAGGCCAAACAAAGAGAGCGAAGGAGGUCCAGGUCAGUAUCUGUGGAUGAGAAGCCUCACAGGAGCCGAUCUUCCCCAAGAAAAGUGGGUGAAAGCAGACCCAGGAACAAGAAGCGGUCCAGGUCAAAUUCUGUGGACGAUAAGCAUCCCUUGUCUGACAAAUUGGAUGAAAACAGUAAUAGAAGGUCAAUAUCUUCAGAUGAUAAGGUUAACUCUGACAAAAACGAAGAAAUCUUAACUGAAAAACCCAAACAUAGAGAGCGAAGGCGCUCCAGGUCCGUAUCUGUGGGUGAGAGGCCUCAAAGGAGGCGAUCAUCCCCAAGAAAAGUGGACGAAAGCAGAUCCAGGCACAGGAGGCGGUCCAGGUCUAAAUCUGUGGAUGAUAAGCGUCACUUGUCUGGGAAUUUUGAUGAGAACAGAAAUAGAAGAUCAAGGCAUAGUGAUAAAAGGCACUCCAGAUCAAGAUCUAUGGAGAAUAGGGACAGGACUGAUGUCAGAGAGGAAGGAAGCAAACAUGAAAAGUCAAAACAUCAUGAUACAAAAUGUAACAGGUCAGAGUCUGAUGAAGGGAAGCAUCAUUCUAUAGGUAAAUCUGGUGAAAAUAGAGAUAAGAAAUCAAAGCAUCGUGAUAGAAGGCGUUCCAGGUCAGUAUCAUCGGAAGGGAAGCAUGAUAAAGGAGGCACUUCAUCACAUAGAGACGAGAGCAAAUUUGAACAAAAAAGAUUCAGGUCAAAGUCUCCUAAUGCCAAGCAUUACUGCAGUGAUAACUAUGAAAAUAAAGAUGAACAAUCAGAGCAUCAAGAGAAAACAUUGUCUAAAUCAAAAUCAGAAAAUCCUCAGCAAUACGACGGGAGUGGGCCCUCCCCAAGAAAUUUAAAAAAGUAUGAAUCAAAAGGAAAAACAAAAUUUGAUUCAGCAUAUCCAGAAGUUAAGCAUCAUUUGAGUGAUGGAGAAAAUGGUACCAGUGAAAAAAAAUCCCAACAUCUUGAAAAUGCCACACAGGAACCAAUUUUAAGUGUGAAUGGUAAUGGGAUAUUGAUUUUUGAGAAUGAGAACACUAAGUUAGAUGGGUGGACUGAAAAUGCAGAAGCUGAUGAUAACCCAGGGUGGACAUGUGUGGAAGAAGUUGGAAAUGGGAAAUUUUAAGCAAGCUUGCUUUGGAGUGGUGGAUCUCAAUGAUAUCAAAGUUUCUACCUGGCUUUUAACAAUGCUAACAAUAUAGCUUUAAGUAUAGAUUUCUGUUAUAUCAUCUCAAUGAGGAGUACUUAAAAAAAGAGGAUAAUCAAAGUUCAUUGCUUUUAAAUGCUGAUCAGGGAAGCUGUCUAACUGGAAGCUGAUACGAUUGGUUUGUCAAUGGCUGAAGAUUUAUGCACCUGUUAAUGAUUAUGGGAUAAUAUCAUAUUCUAAUUAAGGAUGUAACAUAUGGAUUGUUCCUUUUAGGAGAAAUGCUAUUCUCAGAGGAUGCUUCCUGUAUUUGAUUGGGUCCCAAGAAUAUUCGCUGUUGGCUUAUGAACAUCUUCAAUUGUUUAUUUCUUUUUGCAGGUUGGGUUGGAAAAGAUCAGAUGUAGAAUUCCAUAGCUGUUGGUGUGAUUUAAGGUUUCGAGAAAUGACCUGCUUGAUCAACCAUGCAGCUCUAUAUCAUGCUUCUUUUACUGGUUGAUUGAUGUUAUAUUCACAUUGAAAUCCGUUGGAGCUUUGAGAUACAGUUUUGCUGGGUUGAUUUUCUCUUCUAUAAAUGAAGCAAUUGUCAUGGUUAGGUAAAACUUCUAUAUAAGUUCAACUGAACCUGGAUGUUGCUGCAAUGAGUUACAUCAUGCAGCAUUUGAGCACUUGGCUGACUUACAGCUUAUUCUUUAAGUAAAUGCUGAAUUGCAAAUGAUUUCAACAGGUAAUUCUCCGUUAAACUAUUGGGUUGUUCCGUUAUAUGUGUAGGAUCUUCAGUGAACAUUUGUAUGUAUAGUUUCCAACUUUAUAUGAACGAACUUAAUCAUAUCAGCCUUGUAGUGCUUCAUUUAGUUUUUUUUUUUGUUUUUUGUUUUUUUUGUUUUCAUGUUCACACUGAUGUUUCCAUAUUUUACUUACUGCAAUUCCAAUUCUAUGAACUGACUGGUUUUCUCCGCCUUGUAUGUGUUGUAAGUUUUUGUUGUGUUAAUUGAUCUGAUUGUGGUUUAAACUACUAAGGUUGUUACCAAUAAUUGAACAAUUUGCUUUAUAGAAUAAAUAAGGGAUCCUGUUUUCAACCAUAAAUUAAUAAAGUAGCUGAUACGUUGAUAUUAUGUAUAUGCAUAGCAAAUCAUGACGUCUUAAAACAGUUGAUUUCACCCCCGCCCCUCAUUUAACGGUUGGCCUGUCUUACUUUAUUCCCCCUAAAGCGAGCGCUCACUUUAGAGGAGCCGGGGCAAAGUUUGAUGAGUGAGAGAUUCUGUAUGACUUUAGAACUUUUCCUUUCUGGAGUACAUAUGAUACAUUAUGUUUGUGAUUGUGAAUCGCAUCUGAAGGUUAUGCAUUGGAUAUGAUGAUGUUAUGAGCAGCUGUGACAUCUCUUCACCAGAUGAUUCUUAGAAGUUCUUUGUUGUUAUAUUUUUCUUACUGUCUUUAGGGUCAAAUGUCCUAAAUAGAAUCUGUUAUCUCAUGACCAAUUCAUCUGUGGUCACUGACCAAAGACCAAUAAGUUGGACCUUAUAUCAGGGUGUUAGGCUUUUGCCAUAGUGUUUGUUCUACAUAGUAUAAUAAAAGAAAAGUAAAUUACGAGGUUAA